AUUAGGACUUUCUUUCUUUUCUGUUGGAAGACAAGUAAAGUAAAUAUUGGCUGAAAUGGCUCUAGUCACGAAGAUGACAGUGCUGGCUCUGGGUGUCGUGUUAAUCAGUGUUGUAAGUGGUGGCAAAUGGGUUGAAGCCGCCGAUGAUAAUAGGGUUACACACCAUGUGGUUGGAGGAGAUCGUGGCUGGGAUUCCUCCACUGAUGUGGGUUCGUGGUCUGCCGCUAGAACUUUCAGGGUCGGAGACAGAAUCUGGUUCACAUAUUCCAUGGUACAGGGAAGGAUAGCUGAGCUCAGGACCAAAGAGGAAUACGAGUCUUGUGAUGUCAGCAAUCCAAUCAGAAUGUAUACAGACGGCUUAGAUGCCAUCUCGCUCGAACAGGAAGGGAUCCGCUAUUUUGUGAGUAGCGACUCCAACAGCUGCAAGAACGGCUUGAAGCUACACGUGGAGGUGUUGCCUCACCAGACAACUGAUUCACCAAAAGUCAUCACAUCAGAGGGCUCUGUUUCUGCUAUUGCUGCUGGGCCCACACCUUCUGGUUCAGCCCAACUUGGUGCGAGCUGUGUUUUUCUGAUGGCUGGAUUAUGGUUAUCCUAUUUCAUAUGAGUGCUAUGUCAACUUAUCAAUUAUUUGGUAAUAACUCAAUUUAGUAAGGGUUUUGUGGAUUUAAUUAUCUUAUUAUGCCCAAACUUUGUUAGUUUCUUCUUUAA